AUGAAUAACAGUACUCACAAGAAUAAACGCGGAAAUUGGGAGAUGUCUUUACCUUUCCGCGAGAAAGUACCUCAAGUACCUAAUAACCGACAUCAAGCACUUAAUCGUUUGAACAAUAUGUUGCGGUCAUUUAAAAGGAAACCCGAGUUGAAGAGAGAUUAUCUUGCAUUUAUGGCAAAGAUCCUAGACAAGAGAAG